GUCGAUGCUUCUCUAGUAGACUACAAACGGCGGAACACGACUCUCUCACCGGCGAAGAAGAGUAGUCUUUUACCGGCGACGGGAGCGUUUUCUGCGUCUCUGUUCCUCUUAGACCACAAUUCUCUGGGUUUACUCUUUGAGAGGACGAAGAUACUUACUCUGAGUCUCUUCACCUUACUGCUGCAAUAAAGAUGGCGCAAGAUUCUACUGACUGGAACACUGAUGAUGAUUUGGAAUUCGAGAUUGAUAACUACAAGUCAUCUCCACCGUCUUCUCCACUGGCAGCCACUUCUUCCGAUGAGGUGUUUGCUCAAUUGAUUGACAUGGGAUUCUCCCCUGAGAAUAUUGCUAGAGCAAUUGAGGAACAUGGACCAAAUGCAGAUACUAUGGUGAUAAUUGAUGCUAUCUCCAAGUACACUGUUAACUCUGAACCUAGUUCUUCCAAGUCCAAGACUAUUGAUCAUUUCCUUGCGAUGGGAUUUGAUGAGGAGAAAGUUAUCAAAGCUAUACAUGAGCAUGGAGAGGACAAUAUUGAAGAAAUAGCAAAUGCACUCAUCUCUUCUGCAGUAAGUGAUGCUGCAAAGGCAGAGAUAUCUCCUACAAUCAAAGAAGAAGAAGAUGACAUUGACUGGACUGAAAGUGAUGAUGAGAAGUAUGCCGAGUUUCUUAGCUCAGAUGAUGAGAAAGUUUCAGACUCCCCUGAAAACGGGAGUAAAUUGCGGUCUUUAGUGGAUAUGGGAUUCUCGGAGUUGGAAGCUUCUCUGGCUCUGGAGAGAUGUGGAGGGAAUGUGAGCGUUGGAGAUCUCGCAGACUUCAUUUGUGCCGCUCAGAUAGCUCGAGAAUUCGACGAGUUUCAUACUGAACCUGAAGAACAUAAGCCUAGAUUUAGCGCCAAGAAGAGGCGGAUAGAGUCAAAAAGAGAGUCUAGGCCAUCUGCUGAUGAUGACCCGGUUCGUUUACCAAAUCCCAUGAUAGGAUUUGGGGUUCCAAACGAGCCGGGACUCAUCACACAGAGAUCGCUUCCAGCCAUUGCUCACGGCCCUCCCUAUUUCUACUACGAGAACGUCGCUCUUGCACCUAAGGGCGUCUGGGACACCAUCUCAAGGCACCUGUACGACGUUCUUCCUGAGUUUGUUGAUUCGAAGUACAUCUGUGCAGCAGCGAGAAAGAGAGGGUACGUACAUAAUCUCCCCAUUAGCGGGAGGUAUCAGGUCCAGCCUCCUCCGAAGUACACGAUUAGCGAGGCGUUUCCGCUGACGAAGAAAUGGUGGCCAACAUGGGACAAGAGGACGAAGCUAAACUGCAUCUUGACCGUCAACGCUAGUGCUCAGUUAACAAACAGGAUCCGGUUAGCCCUAGAAGCUCAUCCCGGAGAACCGCCUGAGGGUACCAAGAAGUAUGUCAUUGAUCAGUGCAGGAAGUGGAACCUUGUGUGGGUGGGAAAGAACAAAGCAGCGCCACUUGAACCAGAUGAAAUGGAGACUCUUCUUGGUUUUCCAAGAAACCAUACACGAGGCGGUGGCAUGAGUAGGACAGAGCGUCUGAAGUCACUGGGCAACUCUUUUCAGGUGGAUACUGUUGCGUAUCACCUCUCUGUCCUGAAACCAUUAUUUCCAUUUGGUAUCAACGUCCUCUCCUUGUUCACGGGUAUUGGCGGUGGAGAAGUGGCCCUCCACCGUCUCCAGAUCCCAAUGAAGACAGUUGUGUCAGUGGAGAUCUCAUUAGUGAACAGGAACAUCCUCAAAGACUUCUGGGAGCAGACUAACCAGAAAGGAAAGCUAAUAGAGUUUGCAGACGUCCAGGAAUUAAGUAACGAGAAAAUCAAAGAGUUGAUGAAGAAGUUUGGUGGGUUUGAUCUAGUGAUUGGAGGUAGUCCCUGCAAUAAUCUCGCUGGUGGGAACAGAGUGAGCAGGAGUGGUCUCGAAGGUGAGCAAUCUUGCUUGUUUUUUGAGUAUUGUCGGAUUCUGGAGGUGGUUCGUGAGACAACGAAGGAAAUGAGAAGAUCCUAGGUUGAAUGUUCUUAUUAUCAUAACACAGUUUCAUCUCGCCUGAGGAUAAGUGAGUUUAAAAUAAUAGUGCUAGUAAAAGACCUCUUAUCCAGGUGGUGGAGUUGGAGAUACUUCUUAGAACCCAAGUAACUUUGUGCUCCUUGGUUUGUUCUUACGUUGUAGCUCUUGAGGAGAACUCUAUGAUAUUUUCUCAGCUUUAAAUAAUUACAUAAUGUCAUUGAGUAUUCAAUAUUUAGAUUAAUAAUUCAGUUACAAAAUAAUGUUUCUUUAAUACUAUAACCU